UAUGUCUUUGUCAUUGAAUAUUUUCCGAAUUUUAUUAAAAAACAACGAUAAAUAAUCACAAUUGACUUUUUUAAGAGUUCCUGAAGUUAGUUUUAAUUUAGCCCUUAUUUGGUAUUUAAAGAUUUUAGUAUCACUUAAAAAUAAAGGCUAUUUAUAAAAAUAGUUUGCAAAUGAUACAGCUGUUUUCACAUUUAUAGUUAAAAUAAUUUUUACUUAAAUUUCGGAAUGUCUGAAAACAAAAUGGAGAGCAUAGGUAGCGAAAAUGAUAGUAAAAUAUCGAAUAUGUCUGGUGAGAACUGUGCCAAAGAAGACAGUGAUAUAUUAAGUGAUGUUCCAUCGGAUUGCAAAAUACCAAAAACCGAUUUAGACAUUUCCACACCAGACAAAAACCAAGUCAAUAAUGUAGAAUCAGAACCGAUUCAAAUUAAAGUGAUUUACAAUAAAAAGAAGUAUGAUGUGAGCGUUAGGCCUGACGAUACUAUAGCUUCUUUCAAGGAGCAACUAAAAGACUUAUUAGGUGUACCAGAACCAAUGCAAAAAUUAAUGUUUAAGGGAUUAAUACAGGAUGGUCAAACUAUUUCAGGUUCAGGAAUUACUAAAGGAGCUAAAAUUAUGUUAGUUGGAUCAACAUUGAACGAUGUUUUAGCAGUAUCAUCUGUUAGUAAACAGGAUGUAGUUGAAAUGGAAAAAGCAGCAUCUGUUAAAGAACCUUUAUGUAAACAAAAAAUCCACAGGAAAGUAUUGGACAAAGGAUUACCUGAUGAUGUAUUGCCUGGUAUAAAAAAUGUUAAGGAGGCCUUACCAUCUGCACCACUCUCUGGUAUGUUAAACAAACAUGGUGGUAAAGUAAGACUAACUUUCAAACUUGAAAGUGACCAAUUAUGGUUAAGUACAAAAGAAAGAACUGAGAAACUUCCAAUGGGUUCAAUUAAAAGUGUAGUAUCAGAACCAAUAGAGGAGCAUGAUGAAUACCACAUUUUGGGCAUUCAAUUGGGUCCAACUGAAGCAUCACGUUACUGGAUAUACUGGGUGCCUGCUCAGUAUGUAAAUGCCAUCAAAGAUGCUGUCCUGGGCAAGUGGCAAUAUUUCUGACUUCAAGCUCAAUUGCUUCAGUACACAGUAUCAAAAUAAGAAUUUAGUUACAUGCAUUUUAUAAAUUUAAGAUGUAUUGUGACUAAUUUAAAACGAAAUCGUUUUAUUUUAUCAUACAAAGUGAUGAAUUUUCUUACCAAGCUAAAUUUUUAAAAUCACCUUGUAUAUAAAUAUUCUUUUUUUAUUUUUAUACUGUUUUUACUUUGUGAUAACAUGGACUUCUAUUUGUAACCUGUACUGUAAGUAUAUGGAGUGUAACUUUUCAAAUUUAGUUGUUUGCCAUUAUAGAUCAUUUAGUUAUUUUGGUACACUCUGUAUACCUAUUUUAAUUGAAAAUGAACGAUUUCUUUAAAAGAAAAUUGUUUCAUUUCAAAUAAAAUAAAUUAAAGUGAUUUACUCAAAACAUUUGUGAUUCUGUUGAUUUGAUAAAGUUAACAGUAAGUUAAAAUAAAAAUUUAAGCAUAUUGAGUUUGUGUUAUUUUAUUGGUUAAUCCAUCUUAAGUUUAGUGUUAACUAAAUCAUGUCAACUUUAAUAAUAUAUAAUUAACAUAAUUGUGUUUUGCCUGAUUGUCUUGUAGUUGUAUUAAUA